GAUGGGCCAGCCACAUAUUAUGAUAGAGCGCGUACCCGGUUCUAUAACGACGAGGAAGCAGAUGUGAUGACAUCUCUAAAGGCGAUUUCCCUAUUCUAUUGGUGGAGUCCUCGACCGCCGACGAUUCUCCACCGACACUCAUCCUGGUGGUGGACAUCAGUGAUUAUCAGACAUUGCCAGCAACUCGGGAUUCAUCGCGAACCUUCCCUUGAUCACCCUCUCCGACAACAGAUAGAUUUAAGCAUGCGACGUCGCAUUUGGUGGACGGCAUUUGCCCGCGAACGUCUGACUGCCCUCUGCCAGAGCAAGCCGUGCGUCAUUGAUCCUGAGGACUGCACACUUUCUGAGCCAACACUCGAAGACUUUCCUAAUCCACUGACGAAAGGGGAUGGGGAGAUAUUCAUUUACUGGGUACGGCUAUGCGCCAUUAUUGGCAAGGUCGCGAAAUACAUGGGGCGAACGUGCGACUCGACUUCUCCCACAUUCCCAGCACACCUCGCCCGCGAGCUCAUCCACUGGGUACAAUCAUUACCACCGCAUCUUCAGCUACCCAUUGGCUCCGAUAGUACAAAGACAUUCAAUAGGAACAUUCAUCAGCUUCAUCUGCCAUAUCUUGCUGUUAUCAUUGUCAUUCACCUCAAACGGUCUUCCUCAACACAGCCUCUGCCCCAGGCCUAUCCUCCAGCGAUACUAGCAGCAACAUGUAUGGCUCGUGUGAUGAAAGAUAUACUCUCGCGUGGUGGAACUAGAUUCCUCAUGGCUAUCACCGGCUGGUAUUGUGGAACAGCAUUUAUCGCCCUCCUACAAGCGCUGCGCAUCGAAUAUUUGUCCAAGGGUGCUAAUGAGGACCUUGACGUCCUCACAUUAGCCGUGGAUCAAUUGCGCAGAAUGUGGCCGACAGCUGGUGUCUUCUAUUCCGGAUUUUCUCGAUUACGACCGAGUACAGUGGUUCCGGACAUAGACGAUCAAAGAGCGCCCGGUCCCGAGCUAGGAGUGGGCGAUGGGGCCGGGUAUAUGGCGAUGGCUGACGGCAUUGACUGGACUGCUUAUUUUCCAUUUGCGACACCACAGACCAGUGUCGUUGCCAGUCGACUGCUGAUACCGCAUCAUGAGGAGUUGUAUUUUGACGAUGCUGUUUUUGCGGACCCGAUGUUACAGUUCCAGGACUUGUUUCAAGCUUGUGAUACCUUGUCUGAUGCUAAUCUAUUUGCAUACUAAUACUCGCAAAGAGUGCAGAUACUUUCAGUGUGUGGUAUCAUUGAGCAUUGCUCAGUCGAUCGAGCGACCCUCAGAAGAGAGUGCGCGGAUGGAGAAGAGAACAUGUAGAAAAAAGCAACAGGGG